AUGAGCGGCGACAAGAUGGAUAUCGAGACUGCCGAACAGCGGCUCAAGGCCCUCGAGAACUCCGAGCAGCACUAUUUCAACAGCUAUAACCACCAUGGCAUACACGAGGAAAUGCUGAAAGAUGAGGUCCGGACGAGAUCAUACAUGAAUGCCAUUGUACAGAACAAGCACCUCUUCAAGGACAAGGUGGUUUUGGAUGUUGGAUGCGGUACCGCGAUUCUGUCCAUGUUCGCCGUCAAGGCUGGCGCGAAGCACGUCAUUGGCGUCGACAUGUCGACGAUCAUCUUCAAGGCCCGCGAGAUCGUCGAGGUCAACGGAAUGUCGGACAAGAUCACACUCAUUCAGGGAAAGAUGGAAGAGAUUGACAUGCCAUUCCCCAAGGUGGACAUCAUCAUCUCGGAGUGGAUGGGCUACUUCUUGUUGUACGAGAGCAUGCUCGACACCGUGCUCUACGCACGCGACAAGUAUCUGGCCAAGGACGGCUUGAUCUUCCCCGACAAGGCCACCAUUUUUGUUGCCGGAAUCGAAGACGGCGAAUACAAGGAGGAGAAGAUCGGAUUCUGGGAUAACGUCUAUGGCUUCAACUACUCUCCACUGAAGCUCACAGCGCUCUCGGAGCCGCUGGUGGACACUGUCGACAUGAAGGCAGUGGUGACAGACCCGACGCCGGUCCUGACGCUUGAUCUUUACAAGUGCACUACCGCGGACUUGGCCUUCAGCUGCCCCUUCGACCUGACGGCUCGGAGGGACGACUUCAUCCACGCCCUCGUGGCGUGGUUUGACAUCGAAUUCACCGCCUGCCACAAGCCGAUCCGCUUCUCCACCGGCCCGCAUACUAAGUAUACGCACUGGAAGCAGACCGUCUUCUACCUCAAGGACAUGCUUACUGUGCAGCAAGGCGAGAAGAUUGAGUGCUCGCUCCACAACCGGCCCAACGAGAAGAACAAGCGUGAUCUCGAUAUCAAGAUCCAGUACCGGCUAGAGACUCAGGACUCGACGAGACAGGCAGAAGGAACAUGCCUGUACAAGAUGUGCUAG